GUGUAUGUAACACACUCUGAGUUUGUGCGAGAUCAGCUGUUUCACGUCUGAUUUUUAUAUUUGUUUUAAAGGUCUUUGCCACACACACAAAAUGGCAACCCGCGCAUUAUUAUUGAAACAAUGUGCGGAGAUUAACAAGAACAGUUCCAGGUUGAGCAGAUAUCUUGCGACCAAGAGCACGGAUGUGGAGCCAGGGGUUGAUAUAAUACAGCGCAAAAAUCUCCAUGAGAGUUUACUGACGAAGGAAGAGGCGAAGAAAUUGCAGGACUUGAGGUCUCCGAUCGCUGUGACCGGUAUCGAGGACGUGGGUUACAUAUCGGGGGUGCCGGAGGAGCAUAUCAAAACUCGCCGAGUUCGUAUCUAUCAACCGGCCAAAAACGCCAUGCAAUCGGGAACGAAUAACAUACACUUUUGGCAGAUGGACUUCGACACGCGCGAACGUUGGGAGAAUCCGCUAAUGGGGUGGACAUCCAGCGGUGAUCCCAUGUCAAACGUCCAAGUCAACUUCGCGACGAAGGAGGAAGCGAUUGCACACUGCAAGAAGAUGGGCUGGGACUACUAUGUGCAGAAACCGAAUGCCAGUCAUCCGAAACCUCGCAGCUACGGUAGUAACUUCGCGUGGAACAAACGCACCAGAGUUUCGACUAAAUAAUGUAUAGAAAUUUUUGAUGUAAUUUAUUUGAAAUUUCUCUCGUGCGCUUUUAAUAAUCGGGCGCACGUCCCUCGUAGUCAUGAAACAUUCUCUGUGACAGAUAAAUAUGUAUUAUACUGCCAAUAAAUGUGUAUAUAUAUUA